AUGAGGCGUUUCUGUUUCGCAGUACUUGCAGGCACGGCUGCCGCCGUGCCUCCGCUCUUCACAGAGGUAUCAGCCGCCAACAACGCAUUUUCGGCCGUCGACUGCUCGGAGCAGAUGAACAAGGCGAGAGAACCUAUGGGGUUUCCAAAGUUUACUGUUCUUGAUACAACGACGCAUGCUGAUCCAGAGAAUACAGUUAAUACAUCUAAGCUUUGUGAAACUAUAAAAGGGAAUGAAGAUCCCGGUGUAUGGAUAACAGAAACUGACAUAUCUGUAGCAGCAGCAAUUCAAAGCUCAACAGAAGGCGAUUGUGCCGCAGCAACAAAGCAAUGGAAAGGAGUAUUAAAGGCAAUGGGAGAUUCUUUACCACCUGCUUAUACACCCGGAGAGGGCAUAUACAACAAUCUUGAUGUUGUAUCGUUAAUGAGUCUUUAUACACCUAAAGAGGGAGUAGCUGUUACAUGCACUGUCAUCCAAUGUCCAGGAAAAGGCUCUCCAACAGAUAACGACCAGAAUGAUGAGAGCACCAACGGCAAGGACCCAAACUCAACCCCUCAACCCCCCACCAGCCCACCCAGCGAUGAAGGCACAGGAGGCGCAACAGUCGGCACAGGAGGCAACGAAGCUGGCUCACAGACCGCCGGGUCUGGGAGCCCCAGUGGUAGUGGCAGUCAGGGUGAGGUUGGUGAUAAAGGGAAAACGAGAGAGCUCAAAGAGGAAGCCAAAGACCUAUCGAAGGAGAAAAAAGACAAACUUUUAACUCCAAUAACUGGAUCAGAAGUAUCGGCAGGUGAAGUAGUAGGAGUAUCACCACCAGCUGCACCAGCAGCAGCAGCAGCAGAAGGAGCAGGAGGGGUACGAGGAGGAAUUAGAGUUCGUCGAUUAGCGGAAGGAGACGAAGGAGUAACAGAAGAUGAGUCUUUUAAUGCUCUUGUUUGUAUAUUCAAACCUAAAACACUCACUAU